AUGAAAACUAGCCCCCGUCGGCCCUUGAUUCUCAAGAGACGGAAGCUCCCCCUUCCUAUUCGUGAUGCCACAGGUGAAGGAACAAAGGAAGAGCCCAAAGGGACUCCUUCUCAACAAGAGUCUGGCCAAAUACAGGCCUCCAAAGAGAUGGCAGAACCUGAUCUUCAGAAGUUUCCAACAGGCAUCAAGAUUAUCAACCAUCCCACCAUGCCAAACACCCAAGUGGUGGCAGUUCCCACCAACACAGAUAUACAGAGCAUCAUUGCAGCCCUGACUGCCAAAGGGAAAGAGAGUGGCAGCAGUGGGCCUAACAAAUUCAUCCUUAUCAGUAGUGGGCGGGCCCCUGCCCAACUUCCAGGAUCCCAGCCCCCAAACCAAGGAGAUGAAGUGGCCAAGAGGGCAGAGGCAGUAGCUGAGAGCACAGGACUAAAACCUACAACUAGAGAUGUGACCCUAUCCAGACCACUAGGAGCCCAUUCCAGCCGGGGAUGGGAACUGGAGGGCUGUGCUGGAAGUGAGGCAACAGGCUGCAUUCUGGAUGAUAGCCUGACCAACAUUCAGUGGUUAGGAAAGAUGAGUUCUGAUGGACUGGGUUCCUGCAGCAUCAAGCAAGAGAUAGAGGAGAAGGAGAAUCGACAUCUGGAGCAAAGUCAAGUCAAGGUUGAAGAACCUCCAGCUGCAUCAACCUCCUGGCAGGAUUCUGUAUCUGAAAGACCACCUUAUUCCUACAUGGCCAUGAUCCAGUUUGCCAUCAACAGCACUGAGCGGAAACGCAUGACCUUGAAAGACAUCUACACCUGGAUCGAGGAUCACUUUCCCUACUUUAAGCACAUCGCCAAACCGGGCUGGAAGAAUUCCAUCCGCCAUAAUCUUUCUCUACAUGACAUGUUUGUUCGGGAGACAUCUGCCAAUGGCAAGGUCUCCUUUUGGACCAUCCACCCUGAUGCCAAUCGCUACUUGACACUGGACCAGGUGUUUAAGCCACUGGACCCAGGGUCUCCACCAUCGUCUGAGCACUUGGAAUCACAACAGAAGCGGCCUAUCCCGGACCUCCGCCGAAACCUGGGCAUCAAAGCUGAGCUCCCUUUGAGUGCACGACGGAAGAUGAAGCCACUACUCCCAAGGGUCAACUCAUAUCUAGUACCAAUCCAGUUCCCGGUGAACCAAUCUCUGGUGCUACAGCCUUCAGUGAAGGUGCCAUUACCCCUGGCUGCCUCUCUCAUGAGUUCAGAGCUUGUCCGGCAUAGCAAGCGUGUUCGAAUUGCCCCCAAGGUGCUGCUAGCUGAUGAGGGACUAUCUCCCUUUUCCACUUCUGGAUCAUUGAAAGAGGAAAGAACCCUACCUGGGGAAGGACUGUCUCCUUUGUUUCGGGCUCAGUCUGUCAAAGAAGAAGAUCUCCAACCCAUGGAAGAACUAUCCCAGUUUACAAGACCCAUCAAAGUAGAGAGCCCACCACUGGAAGAGUGGCCUUCACCCUUUCCCGUGGUCAAGGAGGAAGUGCCACACCCUUGGCAGGACCCUUCCCUUCUCCCUUCCCCAAGACCAAAGAAGACCUUCACAGGGCUCAAGUCCCCACCACGGGGUGUCUCUGACAUGCUGGUGAUUAAGCGAAGGGAAAGGAGGGAGAUGAGCCGAUCCAGAAGGAAACAGCACCUUAUCCCACCUUGCUUAGAAGAGCCAGAACUUUUGUUCCCAGAGGUCCCUGGACCCUCUAGGCAAAACACAGACCUCUCCUUCCUCCCAGAGGCACCAGAGCCCACCUCCCAACUCAGCCACUCUCAGGAUGAAGGAGGUCCCUUUAAAACACCAAUCAAGGAGAUGUUAUGCAAGCUACCCAUUUCCUCCACCCCAAGCAAAGCUGUCCUCCCUAUGACCCCAGACCCAUGGAGGCUUACACCCCCAAACAAGGAAGCAGGGCUCGAUUUCAGCCCAGUCCGUACUCCCCAGGGAUCUUUCACUCUCCUGCCAGAUUCCAUGGGGCUCCUGGAUCUCAGCACUACCCCACUGAAGAAUGUUCCUCUCUUUGAGUCACCCCAGGAGCUUCUUAAUCCAGAGUCACUUGACCUGGUCUCUGACCCCUUCAACAGCUCUCCCACCUCAGAUCCUGAAGCCCCCAAGCCUGGUUCCCCUGAGAUGCAUGUCUCCAGCCUUUCUGCCAACCGUUCCCUGACUGAAGGUCUGGUUCUGGACACAAUGAAUGACAGCCUCAGCAAGAUCCUGUUGGACAUCAGUUUUCCUGGCUUGGAGGAGGAUCCCCUUGGCCCCGACAAUAUUAGUUGGUCUCAGUUUAUCCCUGAGUUACGGUAG